ACCAAAGACCUGAUGGAGCUGUUGCUCAGCAAUGGGAAUCCCUUUGAGGAGAGCAGUAAAGACCUGGUUACUUUAGAUAACAAGGUGUGCGAGUCUGCAGCCGCUGCAGCAUCGGUCCUUAAAGUUGAGUCAAUGGGACAAGAGCAGUACAACAACUUCAAAAAGAAUGUGCUGGACUCACAUGACACACCACUGACAGCUCCGAUCAAGCGAAACAACUUGAUGUUGUUCCAUGAGAAGAAAACACGCAAGAAGACAGCAGCUAAACUGAGGAUGCAGCACUUCAAACGUCAUGCAGAGCUUUAUGGGAAAGCUUUCAUUGUGCUGGAAAGCCGGAGUGGGAAUUUGGAAGAUUUUUUCUGCCACGAGUCUUCGCCAUACCCACCUGCAUUGUCAUGCGAAGGAUCCCUCAACUCCUGUACGAAAUCAGAUUUGUUGUUUUACAUCCUGGGGAAUCCUAAGAGUGGAGGAAUAUCUGACAGUGAGGAGAUAGUUGCACCAGAUCUUUAUGAUUUCAUUGUCAUUGAUGGUGGAGCACUUAUCCAUUCACUGCCUGGCACGACUGUCCAAGGGAAGACCUUUGAGUCCUACUUCGACAAGGUGUUCUGCCCAAGAGUUCAACGUGACCUGAAAAGAUCAACACGAGUGGACAUCGUCUGGGACCAGUAUCGUGCUUUGACAAUCAAAGGAGGAACAAGAGAAAAGCGAGGAUCAGGCACCCGACAACGCAUCUCUGGCACUGCCAAAGUCCCAAGAGAUUGGCAGGCAUUUCUGGCAAAUGAGGAUAAUAAGACAGAACUGUUUUCAUUCCUGUCAACUGCGCUUGUAACAAAUGGACAGUUCCCAGAUGACAAAGAUGUCUACAUAACAGCAGAUGAUUGCGUCCACCAUGUUGGAAACAGUCCUCCAAUGGAUCGCUGCAACCACGAGGAAGCUGACACUCGUGUCCUAGUGCAUCUUCUCCAUGCCCUCCAAACAGCAUCAGUUGGGAUGGUCUAUACUGGAGACACAUGUUGUCGUAAUCCUGCUGAGUAAUUUCCAUCAUAUCAAGGCUUUGAAUGCAACUGCAGAAAUCUGGAUCUGCUUCAAAACUGGAAAGACAUCAAGAAUGAUCUCCCUGAACACUCGCCACAAAACUGGGCACAGAAACAUGUAAAGCCAUGGCUCUCUUCCACGCAUUCACGGGAUCAGACAGCACAUCUUCUUUCAAGUUCAGGGGUAAGCGAUCCUGCUGCAAAUUGAUGCACGAAGUUCCACACUUGACAGAGGAGUUCGCAACCAUCAUUGAGACUCCAUUCCAAACCUCUCCAAGGCUGAAAGAAGUUGCAGUAAACUUUGUCUGUAGGCUGUACUCCAGUGAAUCAAAUGAGGAAAAUGAUGUUGAUCUUCUUCGAAUGAGGCUAUUCUCACAGAAGACGAGGGAUGUUGAAAGAAUCCCCCCAACAAUGGAUGCUUUGGAUCUACAUCUCAAAAGGAGUGUCUUCCAAGCAAGCAUCUGGACAACAGCCCACAUGUCUAUAAUGCCUGACAACAACCCCACUGACCAUGGGUGGAAAGAAGAGGACAACAAACUUCUUCCCAUUUGGACUACGAUACCACUUGCCAAAGACGUAUUCCAACUAGAUGUGAAGUGUGGUUGUACAAGUACUUGUACAAGUCAACCUGCCAGUUCUCGGUGCAAGUGCAUGAAGGCGAAGUUAAAGUGCACACGUCUGUGCAAGUGCACAUGUCAGAACUUCUAAGACUGACAUAGAAUAAAUCAAAGAAGUAAAUUAUAGUUAUCAUUGUAGAGUGAAGUUCUCAGAAUAAAUGUUAGCCCUAUGGUCCUCUGUUCAUUUUUUGAAUGCCAGAAAAACUAUUGUUUAUCUUCUUAUUGUUAUUGAUUUACUUUCUUCCAGAUAUAAAGUUCUUUUGUGAAAAUUUCUUGUGAAUAAAAUGAUGGCUUGUUG